UGUCCUAUCGUGCAAUUCGCAGAUUUCAAAGAUCUCAAUCUCCAAUAAGUUAACUCGACGAUUCAGUGAAAACAUCUUGAUUUCUACUUGCUUUGAACGAGUUUUUUCCUUGGAUUGGCUUUAUGAUAAGAUCGGAGAUCAGGGGUGAAAAUUGAAAGGAAGAAAUUCGUACAUGCAUUCCGGUAACUUUAAUAAGAUGGUAACUAAAGUCUACGUAAAGGCAACUUUGCUCUUCACUGUGAUCGGUUUGGUUCUUGGCGCCGAAAAUUAUAUAGACUAUGGAGAUGAAAUAGCGGAUAAGACACCAGCGGAAAAUAUUCGUGAUCUUUAUAAACUUCUGAUGCAGCGCGCUACUUUAGAAAACGCCGGAUUUGGUGAGGUUCCAUUGGAACAUUUGAUGAUUCGUAAGUCUCAACGAUCACCGUCAUUGCGCUUACGUUUUGGACGUUCGGAUCCUCACCUAACUAUGGCAUUAUUAUCGAGACGUUUAAACGCCAUCGUACCACCGAGAUUUGAAGAUAACUAAAUCAAACCGAAGUUCCGUCAUUUCAUGAAUCGUUUUUUCUUAGUUGGGAAAAGUAAUAGUUAAUUGCUGUAACAGUAUCUGGAAAUGGAUGCUGCAUGAAAAUAUCAAAAAUAAAAAGAAAUUAUGUGAUCCUGGGUAAACCUAAAUGUUUAUGUACCGAAUUUUUAAAAAUUUCGAAAACAAACUUCAAUUCUGCAUUUCUUUUCUUACAUAUAUCUGUAUUAUUAUUUAAUG